CACUUGUUUUGAUUUGAAUGGUUCUUUUUAAAACUUUUGCACAAACGCGUUUCCUCUGGAGCAUCGUUAACCGUCACGGUUACAGGGCUGAGUCUUAGCCUAUGCGCCUAUUCGGAUUUGGGCUUUUGUCCAACCCUCCACAGUACAAAGUUUGUCAGCCUGUGCUGAAGAGCAUCCCUCACUCAACAAAAUCUGUGAAUCUUUAAUAAGCAGUCAACAUCUGUAUAAUCACAUACGUUUUAGUAUUUCUUUCACUGAAUUUUAGUAUUUUUUUGCUUCUGCGUUCAUGUUAUUGAACUCUGAGGCAGGUAUACAGUUUGUGAAACAUCAACUCUUUCAAAAGAAGUUAUAGGCUUGUUUAACAUCAAACAUUAAGUUAACUUUGAGACCUACUUUAAGAAACAAACAAAAAAAGAAAGGAGAAAGGAAAGCCGACGCUGGUAGAGCUUGUGUGGAAAAUACUUUGCACCAAAUGUUGAAAAUGUGCUAUAGGCAAUUAGUGCAACUGCAAAGGAAUCUUUUAAGCGAGCGCUACAUUUGUGAAGCUGCCUUCUUGGGCAACAAUUUUGCAAAAACAUAUUGCGCCAUUCAUGGAAGUACAAAAACAUUCAGCGAAGCACCAAAAAAAAAAAAAAAAAGGUUAGACUUGUCAAUUUCAUUGGUUGACUGACAAACGCAUCUAUCUCUCUAAGCCUUACCACUACUGAGUGGCCAGAUGGACUGCAUUAUUUCUUCAUAUCUUUUUUAAAUUCCUGAAAUCUCCUUUAGAUGGCUGCCAACAUCUUCGAGAUGUGCGAGCCAAUGAUAGCUCUCAAGUUUCUUGUUCUGCCUUCAGUGAAUGCGGCACCAGUGACAUGGGAAUCGAUAACGGUGUAAUUGCACCACUGAAUAAAUUUUGAUAGUAAAUCUAUCGAAGUGCCACUUCAGCCAUAAUGCCACUGUUCUAGCAUAUUAACGUUCAUUGAAUGCGGUAGUAGACCUGCUGCUCUGAAAGCUAGCAUACUCGAGCACUGAUCAACAGGAUAUGCACUUGACAUUGCUGCAAGGAAAAUUUGGGAAGGGUUGUCGAUUCCAUCUUGUUGAUUUGGUGCGUUUGACCUUACCCAGCACCGUUAGCCGAGCAGGGAGCGCUGCAUUCAAGUGCGGGGAAUCGCAAGAUCUGGGCUGUGGCCCUGAUGCGAGUUGCAGGCUCUGAAUUGUGUGUGCCCAAUCCUAAUGUUAGCUGUUCCCGACAAAAGCAAAGUCUGCUGUGAAUUUUAGCAGGAGGGACGUUUCGCCACACCUCUCUGCCAUUAGCAGCAAACCGAGUAAGAGCGUUCCAUUCGGAAGACACCCGUAAUACCUCGUCGCAAGACAGUGCCGGCGUUCCACAUCUGCUGUUUGCUCCAUCCGUCCCUACUGUUUGUGUUGACAUGCUCCGAGGAAGUCCCGACAAAAAGCAAGCUGCUGCGGCCUUGGUUUCACCAACUGUGCGGAGAAAUAAAAUGGGGAGGCCCUGCCUUCCCAGCUUCGAAGGAACCGCGUCAAGCCAAUUUUUACUAAUUUCUUUUUGUUUGUUCUUUAUUAAAGUAUCGCAUUAAUGCAAGAACUUUGUCAAGAAUUCCCCCUUUUUUUUUCAAUGGGCACGGAAAGGUUUCGAGACUCAUCCGCGGCAGGGAAAGACUCUGCGAAGGCAAAUUUCUUUUUCCUUAUCUCUCCCCAUCUCCCACUCGGCUUUUUAGGAAAUGUCAGGGCACUGGCUUGUUGAAGAAGUCAAAGAUCGGAAGAGUCUGCGGAUCCCAAUGACGGCCGGUAAAGUCUCUCUGCUCCCCGAGGGCGCCAGCCACCAGGGACCGACCUGCCUGGUUCGGAUGUUUUGCUGUCUCUGCCACCGUGACGCCAAGACUGCUGGAACGAAAGUUAAUAUAGCUAGCUCAGAUCCAGUCACGACUGUAAAACACGCUUGGUUAGAGCCGCCUCAAGAUUCCCCCUCCCCUCUCGGUCCCCUAUAUCGCCCGUGUCGUGAAUCUUCGACUCAGCAAUGGCCUCUUCACCAUGCCUUGCACAAGCCGGCAGUCUGGAGGUUGCACCUCUUGCUGCUGCUUAGAGAAGAAGAUUCCCCUUCCCAAAGUCACCGAACAGAUGAUCCAAGGCACGGCUUGCAAGGAUUCUCCCUACUGCUUUCUGCAGCUAGCACUCGAAGCCACAGUCACCGUGGCUUACGGCUGUCGGAGAAGCAGGCUGCGUGCAAGCGCAGCUGAGAAACGAAACACAGAGCAGUUCGGUGGAUGAAGGAACUGGAGAAGGUGGCUGACUGGUCUUGGUCGGUGCACUCAGCCGAGGUUUGUGGGGGUCCUCAAUGGUGCGCUUUGGGCAAAAUUUUUUAUACACUUCAGUGAGUGAACUCUACAAAACCUCUGCAAUAAGCUCUUCCGUGGGGAUUUGUGCGCAGUGAUCUGCACCACGCUACUGUUGUUAUCAGAACCUCGGCUGGCCCUUGCAUUUCUGUGCACUUGUUGCCUGCGGUCGCAUGCUCGGCAAGGACUCUCAAAAUUGCUGCAGCUAGACGUGCUCUGACAACUCUUGUUCGAAGUUGGCGCAGUGUGAUCCCAGAAAGGCUGCUUCGAGGUUGUGUAUGCCUGCUUCCGACGCUGCAAUUCUACUACGAUGCAGGGCCGUUGCAUUGAACGGCGGUGGCCUUGUUUAAAAUGUGAGAUUGAAACGUUUUGCGAGAAGUUUGGACUUAAAACAGUGGAUUGUUAGGAUUUUAUGACUGAUAAUUGAUCAGUGAUUUUUGCGUCCCUGAAUUGGGUAGACAUUUCGAGGUGGCUUCAGUGGGUCAGGUUAACAAAGGCGCAUCAAAAUUGUCAGUACCUACUGUGGCAUUUCUCGGGUUAUUGUAUUCUACUGAGCAGGAGUCGGUGAAUUUGAUUCCUGGCUGCCGCAAUCACGUUCGAGGGGGAGCAAAAUGCAAGAAUGAUCUUGUACCCAAAUUUAGGUGUACGUUAAUGAAUCCCAGUUGGUCUGAAGUUAAUCCUAAGCCUCCUCAGUACGGUGUCUCUAACAAAAUGUGUUGUUCAGUGCGUUAAACUCCACACCUCAUUAUUUUUCUAAAUUGUCAGGUAAAUAGGUGCAUCUUCUGGCUCGCGCAGUGCGAGAUAUUUGGCAGACAGCUCAGGGCAGGACUUUUGUGGCAGAAUUUUCUUUGUCUAUUGAUAUCAGCGUGCAGGCUUGUAUGUGUCAGACGUAACGAAGGUAUUUUUGUGUUGCGUCUGACUGCAAUCUACGAAGUUUCAUUGUUACCGUAAGGAACCACAAAACUCCUUUUGGAGUUGUGCAUGGGUCUAUAAGUAAAGGAAAAGUUAACCUAUCAUGAACUAGUGGUAUUAUCCCAGGGAGGUAGUGAACAGACGAGUAAAAAGCAGUUGCAGAAGACGGCAAAUAAACAAUAACUAAAGCUCUAAAUCUCGGGAUAGAUGCAAGCUACGUGCGACACGUCCUGCAAUAUGGGGCAAAAACCCCUCUUUGCGUUUCACAAAAAGCUCGCUCGUGUUUUGCCCUUCCCAUUUUGACCACCGCCGAGUCUCUGCACGUCGAGGGGCUCUUGUGUGCCGUGAGUCUCUUGUCUUGGCAGGCACGUCUCCGGCCGCUGAGGUGGCAGGCCGGAUUGGGCGGACUUGUGGCUGACUGUGCUGCGGCGCGUGUGCGCGGCGGCGGGGCCCUGCUCCGCCCUGUCUCUCUCUUGUCUUCUCUUUGCAGCGCGGUGCGGCAGCGCUUCCCCAAGGUCAUCCUGCUGGACCACAACGAGCUUCCACCUCCCAUCUCAUUUGACCUGGGCUUGGAAGAAACGAUUCCCUUGUCAAAGCCAAGUUACUUCCCCUCAGAGGAGGUAAAGCAGAUUGUCGUGCAGUUCCUGGAGCAGUACUUCACCAUCUUUGACUCAAAGGACAGGAGUGGCUUGUUGGAUGCCUACCAUGACAAUGCCAUCUUCUCCAUGAGCUCUACAAAACUCCCGCAAACAAAGACUGAUGCCAGGGAAUUCACAAGAGACAGCAGAAACAUCAUGAAGGUCACAAACCUUGAGUCUAGACGCGAGAAGCUCAAGACAGGGCGGGUCAACAUCGUGUCGCUUCUCAACCAGCUGCCUGAGACUCGGCACGACCCUAGCUCUUUCACCGUCGACAUCCCUCUCGUGACGCCAACCUUGAUGUGCUUUACGGUGUUUGGAAUCCUGAGGGUCGUGAGCAAAGGUCUCAUCGUACCAUCGGUAAAAAGUUUCACGAGGACCUUCUUCGUUGUUCCCCAGGGGGCAGGGUUUUCCAUCAUAAACGAGACUCUCUUCGUCACGGGAGGGACUGAGGAUCAGAUCAGGGCAUACCCCACACCGGAAAAUGCACCGCCGACACCUGCGCCCGUGCCAGCCCCUGCUGCAACGAAUGAGCGGGACGGCCUAGUCGUGCAACUGUGUGCCCAGACACGGAUGAACAGGGCCUUUGCGGAAAGGUGUCUGGAACAAAAUGAGUGGAACUUACAGAAGGCAAUCGCGGUGUUCACCGAACUCAGCGUUCGGGGAGCGAUACCACCGGAGGCAUUUCAAAGCUGAGGGCGUCAUCUUGGGCAACAGGGUUCCUCGUGAUAAAGUGCAGGGGAGCUGCUGUUAAUUUUCUGUAAAUAGGUAUUUUUUUUUAGUCAUGUAAAUAAUAAGCCACCAAACAGUAACCAUUUGUCACUCUUGUACAUAAGAUUAAGAAAAAAAAAAGAGCAGCUGCAAAACUGAUCAUGUGCCACAAUAAAUGCAUCUCACUGAA